UCAAAAAGCAAAAGACCUUUGAAAGGCUAAGGAAUCAACUCCAGAUCGUUCCAUAAACGGAACGGGGUUCUCUUCGCCGGUUUUAUUCCUUGCCCCUUCUCUCUCCCGCUCCAUUUUGCUCUGGAGAACUUUACUCCCGGUCUCUCGUCUCCGGCAACAAUCUCUCUCCGGUUCUUGAUUUCUUUGAUCUGUUUUGUAAAAAGCUUCGAUCUUUGGAAUUGAUGAUGGAGGUUUUGAGUCAGAGCGGUGUUAUGUCGCCGUGCGGGCAUCGUUGGGUGGUCCGUUCUUGCAAGGAGAGGAGCCCUUCUUUUGUUGGGUUUCCUCGCUCUUCCUCUCGGACGAUCGAGUCUCUGAUGUCUUCUUCUCGGAAUAGCGGUUUCCAUGGGAGGAGAUUGAGCAUUGGGGCUUGGAGAGUGAAUGCCGUGAAGGGGAAUUUUAGUUCUACCCCCGUACAGAUGAGCCUCUGCGUUGGAAAGGCUUUGAAAUGGUGGGAGAAGGAGCUCCAGCCCAACAUGAAGGAGAUCGAGUCGGCCCAGGAUCUCGUCGACUCUUUAUUGAACGCAGGAGACAAGCUUGUCAUAGUAGAUUUCUUCUCCCCUGGUUGUGGAGGCUGCAAAGCCCUCCAUCCAAAGAUUUGCCAGUUUGCAAAGCUGAACCCAGAUGUUCUCUUCCUCCAAGUAAACUAUGAAAAGCACAAAUCCAUGUGUUAUAGCUUAAAUGUCCAUGUUCUUCCCUUUUUUAGGUUUUACAGGGGAGCACACGGUCGUCUUUGUAGCUUCAGCUGCACCAAUGCAACUAUUAAGAAAUUUAAAGAUGCUUUGGCCAAGCACACCACAGACAGAUGCAGCCUGGGCCCAACAAAGGGGCUGGAGGAAUCAGAGCUCAUGGCUCUGGCUGCAAACAAGGAUCUCUCUUUCAGUUACACAAGAAAGCCAGUCCCUGUUCCCUCGCCAGAUGAGGCUGCAGAGGAAGUUGUGCUCAGCCCAAAACUUCCGGUUUCUUCAACUCCAAGAGUCAUCCAAGAUUCGGAGGAGAAGGCUCUGGUGGCAGCUGGGAGAUGAGGUUAUAGUUUAUGAAACCUUAUCUCCCUACUUCUCCCUUGUUCCUUUCCUUUGUACAGUUCCCUUCUUGUUUGAUGUCUAUAGUUAGACACCACGAGGGAUCUUAUGAGAGGUCCCUCUUCUGUGGAUAUCUUCUGUAGUUGAAGUAGUGCAGGCUUGCUCUGUUUUUUUUUGGGUCCAAAAACAAAAGCCUGCUGAUCAGUUCUGUAAUUGGAGAUGAAGAGAGAAAGUCUUUUUUUUUUUUUGCUUGAGGAAUUUGAGUACUCUUUAUCAUCUGUGUUGCUUUUUGUUCUUUGUUCUAAAGGGUUCAUAUCUUUUUUGUGAAA